UGCAGUUUGUGUCUAGCAGAAACACAUUUUUAUUGCGCUGCAGACUCAGUCACGCACAUGUAAAUCAUGAAGUCCAUGUUUUUGUUCUUUGUCCUCAUUUGGUGUGCAGAUGCAGAGCUGAAAGUCCGGAAAGGGUCCGGGGUAGUUUGUACUUUCAAAGACAAGACAUACAGCCCAGGAGACAGCUGGCAUCCCUAUCUGGAGCCGUUUGGAUUCAUGUUCUGCAUGCGCUGCGUCUGCACAGAUGCAGGUCAUGUGAAAUGUAGCACCAUCAGGUGUCCUGCUCUGCCCUGUGAAAAUCCAGUGACUGAGCCUCAGCAGUGCUGUCCCAGAUGCACAGAUGAGCCCAGGAUCCCCGCAGGACUAAGAGCCUCAGUGAAAUCCUGCAGGUAUAACGGGACGAUUUAUCAGCCAGGAGAAAGCUUCACUAAGCAUGACCUCUUUCCAUCAAGGCAGAGCAACCAGUGUGUCAUGUGCACGUGUUCUAAUGGAAACAUCUUCUGUGCUCUGAAAACAUGCCAACCAAUCACCUGCUCCUCACCUGUGCCGGUUCCCGAUACCUGCUGUUUGGUGUGUAAAGAUCAUGGCACCAGCGGGUCCUUGUCAACAGAGGAUGGAAACCAGCAAUUGAACAGAGGAGUUAGGCACUCAGUGGACCAGUGUUCAGGAGAGCAGACCAGAUUGCGGUCAGAUCGUGCCACCCCACCCUGGGUUAGGACUUCUCCCAGAGGCCUGAGCCUCAUCAAACUGAACCUCAAAGGAGCUUCAGAGACCACAGUGAAGAUUCUGUUGCAGAGGAAACACCAAAGAGCUUGUUUAUACAACGGAAAGACAUACUCGCAUGGAGACAUGUGGCACCCAGUUUUGGGGAAGGUCCUGGAAUGCAUCCUGUGCACUUGUACUGAUGGCCUCCAGGACUGCAAACGCAUCACGUGUCCCAGCCAGUAUCCAUGCCAACAUCCCAUGAAACCAGUAGGGAAGUGCUGCAAGACAUGUCCAGAAAAUAAAACUGAAAGUAACCAGACCCAGUGUUACCUUGGAUAUAAAAGUAAUCUCCUGGUGUAUAAAGUAGAAUCUUCUCUGAGAGUUGACUCACCCAACGCAGUGAGGGUCAUUGUUGUUGAGCGACAGAGUACCGCUGAGGUUGAAGUGCAAGUGUGGAACACCGUAGAAGGUGUUUUACAACUGAUGGACAUUGGUGACGUUCAACGAAAAGACAUCAUGGAUCAUCCUGAGAAUUACACGUUACUUACAACACUUGAUGAAGACACGUGGAGAAAAUUUAAAGAGGAGGGGGUAAAUCUGAGUCAAGCUCCUCAGACCACGAUCUGUGAAGAUGGCAUUAGAGAGAUGGUGACUUUCUUAAACCCCAAGCAGAUAGAAGACCAGUGCUCACCCUAGUUGUUCUUGCCUUAUUGCCACUCCUCAUAUCAGUAUUUCCAUGAACUAAUGGUUAGUAAACAGUUCAGUCUUUCAUCAUGCACUUUGGGAACGAUUCUUCAAACCCUUUUGCUUCAAGCUUAUGAACAUUUUUUGUAUUUGUUGAAAAGGGGGCAUGUUUUGUUAAGAAUGUGAGGGGAUUUCAAGGAUUUUAAAUGAUAAUCAACAUAUUUAUUGUAAAUACAAAUAGAGGUUUUGUCACCUUAUUCUAAGUGCGUUGGUUCUUGUAUAAUUAUUUUGUAAAUACAAGAGACUAUGAAUGUUUUUGCACGACAAAGCUUCACAUGUUGCAUUAUGGUUUAGCCUGCCAGUUAAAACACAACUGUGUCAAAACAGCCUUCUCUGUUCUCUCUGAUGUCAAAAUAUAGACACAAAGCCGCUAUUUUUAUGCAGUUGCAGAACUUAGUUUGUUAUUUUAGCCUAAUGACAUUACACAAACCAGAAAGAAUUUAAUUUUGAAGUGGUUUUAGUUGAUGUAACUCAAUGCACUUUGUACCUCUGCUCACAGUUUUUACCCAUAAAGUUCUCUCAGUGUUUUA